UUAUUAGAAGGACUUGGGAAAGCGAAAGCAACACAAGAUGAUGUAUUCGAUCAACAUGCUGCAAAUUUAGUAAAGCAAAGUAAAGCAUGUGAGAGAUUACAUCGUGAUUUAAAAGCGUAUGGUGCAGCAUUACGAGCAAUGGUUCAAGCGCAGAAGACAUUUCGAGAGACAAUUCGAGAACUUUACGAGACAGAUUGGCCGGAUCGUGAACAUUUAUGUGCCAUUACACAAUCACUGGAUCUUCAAUGGGAUGAAUUUGAGAAAGUUAUCAAUGAUCGAAUGAUGGGUUCGGUGAAUGCAUAUAUGGCACAGUUUGCAGAUUUAAAAGCUAAGGUAGCGAAACGAGGUAGGAAGCUUGUUGAUUUUGAUGGCGCGCGAAAUAAUUAUGCAACAGUGAAAGCUGGUUCCAAAAAAGGCGAUGAUGAUCCAAAAGUGAUAAAAGCACUAGCAGAUCUACAACAAGCCGAAACCCUAUAUAGAGAAUUGAAUAGAGAACUUGUUGAUGCAUUACCCGCCACAUAUGAUAGCCGAAUAACAUUUUUUGUUGAUACACUUCAGACAAUUUUCAAUGCUGAAAGUACCAAUCAUACCGAAUGUGGUAAGAAUAAUAAAAUUCUUGUUACCUUACUGGAUAAUUUGGGAAACUCAUUUGAUUCUCUUCGUGUUCCGCGAAAUGCAUCGGAUCAAUCGGUAGCACCUACUGUAAUCGACGAACAGUCGAUUUCAACUGAUGAUCAAGUGCAAAAAUCCGAUGCGCCAAUAAAAGAACCUGAGCCAACAUCUCCAAAUAUUUCCUCUGAGGCUUUUCCCAACAAAGUUGACGUUGAACAUGAUGAUGAAAAUGCAGAAAAAAAAGUGUAUCCGAGUUUGACUGAUGCACCACUUGUUGCACCUGUUGUUCCGGAUACUGAGGAGCGAAAUGACAAAAAGUUAGAAAAAUCAUCAACUGCUGGUGAUGGUGUUGGUGAAAAAGAUUCGAAAGCCUCGCUAAAUCCGUUUGAUGAUGAUAAUGAUGAUACAAAAAAUCCGUUCAAUGAAACUGAUAGCGGAAAAAAACCGCAUCCAGAGCCACGUUCACCACAGAAAGGUGAAACUCGUCAGGAUGCGAAUGUUGAUAGAAAGAUUUUGUACAAAGUUCGUGCAACACAUCGCUAUACCGCAGAAGACACUGAUGAACUUACAUUUGACGCAGGUGAAGUAAUAACAGUGCUAGAAGCUCGUGAAGAGGAUCUACUGGAUGAUGGAUGGUUGUUUGGUGUAAAGCAAUCUGAUGGUGUUCAUGGUGUAUUCCCUGCAAAUUUCACGAAAUCUUUAUGA